AUGAAUAUUAGAGAAACAUUUUUUGUGAUAUUUACAUUUGUAUUGUUGACAUGGGGGAAUGCACAAUCACUUGUACCAGCAAUCAUCACAUUUGGUGACUCUACUGUUGAUGUUGGGAAUAAUGACAAUCUUUCAACUAUUUUUAAAUCUAACUAUCCUCCUUAUGGAAGAGACUUUCUCAAUCAGGAACCCACUGGUAGAUUUUGCAAUGGAAAAUUAGCUACUGAUAUUACCGCUGAUACACUUGGUUUUACAAAUUAUGCACCUGCAUAUCUUAGCUCUCAAGCAACAGGGAAGAACCUCCUUCUUGGAGCAAAUUUUGCUUCAGCUGCAUCUGGUUAUGAUGAAAAUAGUGCAACUUUUUAUGGUGCAAUUCCAUUGUCCCAACAGGUCAAAUAUUACAAGGAAUACCAAAGUAAGCUGGUCCAAAUAGCUGGCAGUGAAAAUGCAUCAGCAAUUAUUAAGAAUGCAUUGUACAUAUUGAGUGCUGGAAGUAGUGAUUUUGUUCAAAACUAUUAUAUAAAUCCUUUGAUCAACAAAUUUAUCACUCCUGAUGAGUAUUCUGCACGCCUUGUGGAUGUAUUCUCAGGCUUUGUUAAGGACUUGUAUAAUUUGGGAGCUAGGAGAAUUGGAGUGACUUCACUCCCACCAUUGGGUUGUCUACCUGCAACAAGAACUUUAUUUGGAUUGUUUAAGGAUGGUUGUGUCACAAGAAUCAACGACGAUGCUCAAGGAUUUAACCAGCGAAUAAACUCGACAGCAGAGAAUCUAAGAAAACAAUUUCCUGAUCUUAAGCUUGUUAUCUUUGAUAUUUUCACACCUCUCUAUGAUCUUGUUAAUUCCCCAUCAAAAUUCGGUUUCACGGAGGCGAGGAGAGGGUGCUGUGGUACUGGGUUUAUAGAAUUCACAUCUUUAUUGUGCAAUGGAAUGUCAAUCGGAACUUGUUCUAAUGCAACUGAGUAUGUAUUUUGGGACAGUGUUCAUCCUUCACAAGCUGCUAAUAAAGUUCUAGCUGAUGCAUUGGUUCAACAAGGCAUAAGCCUUAUCAGUUAAGGAUUCAUACGGAUUUUAUUUUACAUACAUUUUAGAAUUUUCAUUGUAACAUGUUUUAAUGUUUCGAAAUACAAUUCGGCACCUUCAGUUUACAUACUGAUAUUGUAUUGUGACCUACCCUUGGGAAAAAUAAUGAUUUAUUUUGGCCCGAAUCACUUGUAUCA